AUGUCUCAAAUAUCUGAAACUUCUCCAAAACAUUGCGCCAAGAAAGGAGGGUUUAGCAUCAACAACCGUCGCAAGAAACUAUUCUUCACGUUAUCUAUUUUCUUCAGCGGCCUUCUCCUCAUCAUCCUUCUCAUCUGGCUCAUCCUCCAUCCCGCGAAACCCGAGUUCUCUCUCACGGAAGCCAAUAUCUACACCCUCAACCUCUCAUCCUCCACCACACAUGUCCUCAACUCCUCAAUCCAGCUCACUCUCUUCUCCAAGAACCCUAACAGAAAAGUAGGAAUCUACUACGACAAGCUACUAGUAUACGCAGCAUAUAGAGGACAGCAAAUAACAUCAGAGGCUUCUCUACCGCCUUUCUAUCAAUCUCAAGAAGAAGUGAACCUUUUGACAGCGUUUCUCCAAGGGACUGAGCUUCCUGUUGCUCAAUCCUUUGGUUAUCAAAUUGUUCGUGAUCGGUCAGCCGGUAGAGUAAUCAUCGGUAUGAAGAUGGACGGGAAGCUACGGUGGAAGAUCGGGACAUUCGUCUCUGGCGCUUACCGGUUUAAUGUGAAUUGUGUUGCACUCGUGGAUUUUGGACCGAACAUGACCACUGCUCCAUUAGGUUCAAUACAAGGGACUCGUUGUUCUACAGAUAUAUAAGAUAUGUUGAAUAAUCAACCAUAGAUAUACACUACAGUUUAUUUCACUGUGUUUUGAUGAUGUUUUCUGUUUGUCAUUUGUACUACUUGUACAGAUAUAGUAUUAAACUGUUUAUCUAGAAUUAUAUAAUAAUUAUACUCUUUUGAUGCAUACUAA